AUGGUUGCUGAUGCAGAAAAAGGUCCAGUGCAUGCUGGUUCUCUAACGGAGACACCAAGCUCACCUUCGACUACUGCCAAUGAAGCGCCUGAGCCGGUGGUUACACUGAAGACAUGGAUUGUUUCUGUGAUCCUUUCCUGCGGCUACGGCCUCUCUUUCUGGCCUGUCCCCGUGGUGUCGGCGAUCGGCACCCUUGUCUCGGCUGAUAUGGGCGAUCCGACUGGUUAUAUUUGGUUUGUUCCUGCAUGGACUAUCUCAAUUACUUGCGCCUUCUUGAUCUUUGGCCCCAACACUGAUCUUCUAGGUCGACGAUGGUUCCUGGUUCUAGGCAAUCUGAUCUGCUUCAUUGGCCAUAUCGUGGUAGCAACAGCGAAGAGCACUGAUCAAAUCAUUGUCGGGCUCGUUGUAUCUGGCUUCGGUGGUGCAAACUGUCAGAUGGCUGCGUUCGCACUCCCAGAGCUGCUCCCCAAUAAAUGGCGGCAUAUUGGCGUUGUAAUAGCCGAUUUUACAGUCUAUAUUGCCGUCAUUGUAGCACCAGUGACAGCCCGAUAUGGCUACGAGUUCGGCUCGUGGGAGUGGAACUUCUGGGGCGUGGCUAUCUUCCAGGGCCUAUCCUUCUUCGGCCUGCUCUUCCUUUACUAUCCGCCCAAACACCCACUCGGUAUGACAUACAAAGAGGCCUUCAAAUCCCUAGACUACUUUGGUGCCUUCCUCUUCAUUGGCGGUGCAGUUCCUUUCCUCAUGGGCAUCGUCUGGGCUGGCGUGUACGAGUCAAACGACGCCCACGUCGUCGCCCCACUAGUUAUCGGGGCGGUUGUACUUGUCGGUUUUGCGCUGUGGGAGUCAUUCGGCAACUUGAAAUAUCCCUUGACACCAACAUACAUCUUUUCAAGCUCGUGGGGACGUGACUUUACGGCUCCUGUCAUUGCACUGGGCGUCGUCAACAUGUUUUACUACUCAUCCAGCAUCCUGUGGCCACAGAUGAUCACGGUGUUUUAUACUAACGGCGGCACAGACUGGAAGUAUUCUGUCCUUCUGUCGCUGCCGCAGGGCUUUGCUAUCUUCUUUGGUGCUAUGCUCCUCACUUUCCUUGGCAGCAAGCUGCGACACUGGCACUGGCAACUUACCGGAUCGGUGUUUGUUAUGGUUGUUUUUGGUUCUUUGCUUGGUAUAGUUACGCCUACCAACAAGGGGACUAUGAUUGCUUUCAUAUUCCUCUCUCAGGCAGGCUUUGGAUGGGCUAUUUAUCUGAGUAUUGCUAUCACGCAAAUGGGUGUGGAGCAUAAAAACCUCGGUGUCAGUGGUGGGAUUUCGGGAUGCAUUCGCUUCGCUGCUGGAGCUGUUGCGACCUCGAUCUAUCAGACUGUCUUCAGCAACACCUUGGUGAAAUAUACCGCUAGAUAUGUCCCCUCCGCGGCCAUCUCCGCAGGACUUUCGGAAUCCAAGGUCACAGAUCUCAUGUCGGUGGUAUCUCAAGGCGCCGCCGCAAUGAAAUCGUAUAGCCCUGCUGUGGUAGCGGCAGCCGAGGCGGCUCUUGCUCAAGCAUAUUGCAAAGCAAUUUUUGUUGUUGCUAUGGUAUCGAUGGCCUUCGGCAUCGUGGGCAUUGCCGCUUGUCUAUGCUGCAAAGAUGUCGAUUCGAAGAUGACGAACAAAAUCGAGGUGUAUCUUGAAAAUACAGAUCUCUCAGACCGAAAUGAGUAUCACUGA